AUGAUGGAGAUAUCCAGAAAACUUCGAACUUUUGACAUUUUUGGCUAAUAAAUUCGGCUAAAAGCAUCUGGCUCAUCUGUUUUUUAAUCUCAAAUUGGAGCCUUUAUGACUUUACUACUAUUUAGCACACUUACUUAUUCAGGUAGUUUAUUUAUUUUGGAAAUGAACAAAGGGAAGAAUGCGAUUUUUAACUCUUAAGAAGCUGUUAUUCAAAAUAAUGAAGGAUUCAGUUUCAACUCCACUGAACUAAUAUUUUCAGCUGGAUUACUUGGUAUUUUGGGUCAACCUAUUCCAAAUGAGGAUAACAGAAUAUUUAAGAUAGGAUUUUAUGUUUGCAACAAAUCACUUAAUGAAACAGAAUGUAUUGUAAUACCAGGAGAAAUUUGUGGGAAUAGAAUUAGAGAGGCAUCAAAAAAAUUGAAUAUUGCUUAAGCAUAUGAAAAUAUAACUUAUUGUAUGAGCGAAUAGUAUAUCCGAGAGAAUCCUGAAAUAAGAAUUUAAGGGUCAAAUCGUUAUGACAAUUUUACUUUAUUAGGAGCAGUAUAAUUAAACCUUCUUGUUCAUUAUAAUAGAAAGAUUACGAUAUUAUUUAAUCUAGAUUGUGCAUCCAAUGAAGAAAUCGAUAAUUAUAUUGCAAAUGCCAAUCUUUAUUACUCAUACACCUUUCAUUAACUUAAUAAAGAAUUAGAUGUUUCCCCAUAUUAGUAAACUGAAAAUAUCGACCUUACUUCUCUCUAUUAUAAAGUAGGUAAGUAUAUUAAAAUUUAUUUACAAUAUUCUUAAAGUUAUCUAGAAUAUAAUCCCUUCUAUUUUUUUCCAAGAUCAGUGUAGCAUGAUGGGGUUGAAUAUUAAAAGACAGUAACUGAUAGUGUGCUUUAUUUCUAGGAUGCCAAUACCUUAGCUAGAAUAGAGGUCCAUUUGGAUGCUAAGAAAAAGGUUUGCUACAUUACAUAUUAAACUUUAAUGGAUGUAGCUGCUAAACUAGGAGGGUUAUUUACAAUCAUAAGAGCUUUGUUGGAUAUUAUAUUAUAUCCAAUUUAAUCUAUUCUCUAUAAGCUUUUUUUGAUAAAUUUUUUAAUCAAUCAUUAGAAUAAUGGUACCAAUAAGGAUAUUUAAUUAUAAAAGUCUAAAAAAUAAGAAAUAUGCAUUCAUUAACUGAUAACUUCUUCAGUGAAAAGAGAAUUUUUUAAUUAAUAAUCUUAAUUAAUCAAUAAGUAUUUAGAUAUUAGACAAAUAUUAAUACAUCCGCUGUAAUUUACAUAAAAAAUAGAGGGUUUAUAGGAUUCAAUAAAGAAAAUUGAUAUCCUUAGUUCUAGAUAAAUUAAACUUAUUAGCAAACAAGAAAUGGAUGAGCUUGUUGUGCAAAGCAACAAUGAAGAGUGCCCAGAUUGCAGAUGUUUAAGCUAUGGUACUAUCAAUUCGGAAAGCAAGGUAAGAAAUUAAGAUAAGUAUGCAAUUCCAAGAAUGAAAAUUUAAAUUCAUUGA